GCCAACGGCGCCUGAGCGGUUCUGGGAUAGCGAUGGGGACGCCCGGGGCCUCUGUGGGUCCUCUGUUUCCGCCCUCGGCGUCUGUCCCUCCGAGGAAGCGUGCGGCUGGGGAAACCGGGGUUGCGAGAAGCAGGCAACGGGUUCUGGAUGAAGAAGAGUACAUCGAGGGACUCCAGACAGUCAUCCAGAGAGAUUUCUUCCCUGAUGUGGAGAAGCUACAGGCACAGAAGGAAUACCUGGAGGCUGAGGAAAAUGGAGAUUUGGAGCGUAUGCGCCAGAUUGCUAUCAAGUUUGGCUCUGCUCUGGGCAAGAUUUCUCGGGAACCUCCACCACCCUAUGUUACUCCGGCCACCUUUGAAACUCCUGAGGUACACACAGGCUCUGGUGUGGUGGGCAGCAAGCUCCGUCCCCAAGGCCGGGACCUAGAUGAUGGAGAGGCUAGAGAUGAGGAGGAGAAGGAGCCGCUGCCCAGCCUGGAUGUCUUCUUGAGCCGCUACACAAGUGAAGACAAUGCCUCCUUCCAAGAGAUCAUGGAAGUAGCCAAGGAAAAAAGCCAUGCCCGCCAUGCGUGGCUCUACCAAGCUGAGGAGGAAUUUGAGAAGCGGCAGAAAGAUAAUCUUGAACUCCCAUCGGCAGAGCACCAAGCCAUUGAGAGCAGUCAGGCUGGAGUGGAGACCUGGAAGUAUAAAGCCAAGAAUUCUCUCAUGUACUAUCCUGAGGGUGUCCCUGAUGAAGAGCAGUUGUUCAAGAAGCCACGGCAGGUAGUGCAUAAGAAUACACGUUUCCUCCGGGACCCUUUCAGUCAGGCCCUGAGCAGGUCCCAGCUUCAGCAGGCAGCUGCCCUGAAUGCCCAGCACAAACAGGGCAAGGUUGGUCCUGAUGGCAAGGAGCUUAUUCCUCAGGAGUCCCCCCGAGUGGGAGGCUUUGGAUUUGUUGCCACUCCUUCUCCUGCUCCUGGUAUGAAUGAGUCACCACUGAUGACGUGGGGAGAAGUUGAGAAUACUCCCCUGAGAGUCGAAGGGUCAGAGAGCCCCUAUGUGGAUAGGACACCAGGACCAACUUUCAAGAUCUUGGAGCCAGGACGCAGGGAGCGUCUGGGUCUGAAGAUGGCCAAUGAAGCAGCUGCCAAAAACCGGGCCAAGAAGCAGGAAGCAUUGCGGAGAGUCACGGAAAACUUGGCCAGUCUUACUCCUAAAGGCCUAAGUCCAGCAAUGUCCCCAGCUCUACAGCGCCUUGUAAGCAGGACAGCCAGCAAGUAUACAGAUCGAGCCCUGCGGGCCAGCUAUACACCAUCUCCAGCACGCUCUACCCACCUCAAGACCCCAGCUGGUGGGCCACAGACCCCCACAAGCACACCAGCCCCUGGGUCUGCCACACGCACACCCCUCACACAGGACCCAGCCUCCAUCACAGACAAUCUGCUGCAGCUCCCUGCCCGGCGCAAAGCUUCAGACUUCUUUUAGAGCCAGGCCUGGCUGGACCUGUGGAUGCUUUGUGGGACACUUUGUGGAACGAGUAGGGCAGCUAUCUACUCUUUAGACAACUCCAGGCCUUGGAGACCCAUACCAUGGGCAGUUGGUUAUCCCAGGAACCACAAGUGUAUAGUGCCGUGCCAUGGCCAGGUUGGCACAUUACACUGACCACUCCCUUGGGAGUAUAGCACUGGUGCUGUCCCUCAAGGCCCUACUGAAACUGCUUUCUAGUUAACUCCCAACUGAACCCUCAUUAAAGAACACCUGGCACCCUCUGGCCGGGCUGCUGAUCCAUGUCCUGGGCCACCUGGGUAUCUUGGGACCUCAGGGCUAGAAGCAAUGGACUCUGGAGAGAAAACUGUGUGGCUCAAAGAGCUGCCUUCUCUGCUGAGUUUACACUUGAGCCUUCCACUGUUGAAGAGUAGCACAAACCCUAAAAGUUGUGCCAUUGAGCUCAUGGGUUCUAGGUCCAGCUCUACAACCUCCCAGCCUGGCCUGAUCAUUUAGGUUUUUGGUAACAGGCCCAGGUAGGUCCUGCUUAUCAGGCUCACAGUAGGACAAGUCACUUUUUUGUGACUUCAGCUGUUACCUCCCCAGCACCUAGCUUCCAGCUCAGGUAAGGCUAGGCUGCCUCCCUGUCCUAAUCUCUGCUUAUUUCAGUGUUCUUGGCACUUCCUACUGGGCUCUGCCAAGACACCAGCCUUACCUCAGUCUGAACUAUACUAUGAAAAGAGUUUGGUUCCCUGCAAACUUGUAAAUGCUGUGUGCACCAGCAGCCAGCCAUUUGCCUGUGAACUAAGGGUAGCUAGCCCUCAAGUGACUAGUGGUCAACAGCCUAUGAGCCUAUGCCUUACAGAGGUGAAUGGUCCCUGCUGUUUGGGCCUAACAGAGUCAGAGACUGAUCUAAUUCCCCAGCCAGCAGUCUUGAGACCACUGGUGGUGUCAUAGGACUUGGCCUCUGAGCAGCCCAGGGCUUGAGCUAUUCAGGUGGCCUAAAGCACUCCUGACUUCUCAGCCCCAGAUCCUACUUUGAUUCCAUGAGAGCCACCUUUCCUGUCUGCUGGCAUUGGUACUCUCAGGCCUCCGCCCUAGUGUUCUCUAGAGAUCACCUCCUGCCUUGGGCCUUGUACGGCUAGUGUUUAACACGGCCAGUUACCUGGGAAGAAGAACUUCAAUUGAAGAAUUAACACUUAUCAGAAUGGCCUGAGGGCAUGUCAGUGGGGCAUUUGAUGUAGGAGGGCAAGGCCCAGCAGCAGCAUCCCUGGGCCAUGGACCUAGGUUGUGUAAGGAAGUCUAGGAGUGAGAUAGAGAGGAAGCCGGGAAGCCAUGGUCUCUGCUUCAGUUCCUACUUGUGUUCUUGCCUCAGCUUCCCUCAGUGACCUGGAAGUGCACUGAAAUAAACCAAUUCCUCCCCUAA